CUUCUUGUUGGAAUUUUUCUAAUAAAUAAACAUAAUGCAUCUCAGAUCUGUAAUUUGGGAAAGGUUCAUCUAUACAACACUUCGAUAUCAUCAGAAUAUGAAUAUAGUAAGAUAGAAGGGACUCCAAGGCUCUCAGCAGAGAAAGCAUUGGAUGGGAAAUAUCACAAUCACUCACACGGAUGUGCCGGGUCAAACGUCAUGAAAGCCUUUGGUGAGGCUUGGUGGCAAGUGACCUUCAAGUCGGCUUCCAAGAUCUUUAAAAUAAACUUGGUCUUCAGGGAGCAGUAUACCCGACAUGCUGGCUACUAUGUGUUCAUCACAAAUCGGACAGUGACAUAUAGUGAACUGACCUCUUUUGACCCCGUUUACCACGACGAAGAACCUAGCCCAAGCCAACAAAUGACAAUCAUUUUUCCUGAGGGUCACGCUGGUGUACAGGUGUUUCUUUAUGUCAACAAAUCAAAUCCAUCAACGGAAAACUAUGCUGUGAUUGAGCCGUGUGAGGUGGAAAUAUAUGGAUGUGUUGAUGAACUUAAUCAUGAAUGCGCUUGCUCAAGCGCAAUUGCUGGAGAGAAACUGAGUAAAACUUUGUUGUUUUUUUGUUGUUAA